GACAACAGGAAGUAGCAGCACACGGGUUUAAUCGCUCGUCGUUUUAAACACUAUUCGUCCGAUCUCCAAUUUUUCGACAGCCGGGGAAAGAUAGCAAAGAAGCAGAUACUCAUGACUGCAGCUUUACCCGAUAAUCAACGCGAUGACGGCGCUGGAAGAGGCCUGAGUUCGGUCUGAAACAGCGCUUGUCCUUGCGGUCGGACAGCGAUACUGGAGAUUCAGAGGAAAAGUAGGAAAAUAUCCGGAACAUCAGACAUGCCUGGUCUGACGUGAAAAUAACGCUUGAAAUGGCUGAAGUUUGUCUGUAAUGCUGCGUCUCCAGCCUGAAUCAUGAACUCUGUGUCUCCCAGUGCUGUUCAGUAUAUAGUGGGUGGUGGAGCUCAUGAGGACAAGGCUUCAGCUCCGUCCAAACGCCACAUGGGCCAUGGGGUGGUUCCCGACGGCAUCAGAGAAGGUUCUGGAGAGCCCGACGAAGUGGAUCGCCUCAAAGCCAAGUUCAUGUCAGCCUGGAACAACGUCAAAUAUGGCUGGACAGUUAAAUCUAAAACUUCCUUCAACAAGAGCUCUCCUCUGAUCCUGCUGGGGCAGUCGUUUCUGUUCAAUAGUGAAGAUGAGGUGGAGCGAUUCCGGCAGGCGUUCGUGUCGUGUGUGUGGCUGACCUACAGACGGGAGUUUCCUCAGUUGGAGGGGUCGAGUCUGACCACAGACUGCGGCUGGGGUUGCAUGCUGCGCAGCGGACAGAUGAUGCUGGCGCAGGGGCUCCUGCUGCACCUCAUGCCUACAGACUGGAGGUGGUCAGACUGUCAUGCGCUCACUGAUGUGGAUUUUGAGGUGCUGAAGCCACGUUCUCCUUCUCGUCCGGCUGGGAUGUCUCUGCCAUCCUUCAGUUCCACUUGGAGCAGCUCUAUUCCUCAGAUAAACACUAGUUCUGGCAUUAGCGAGGCCCAUAGACGGACACCGACAAGAUGUCCUUCAGCCAGUCCUGACCCGCAGGUGGACGCUCUGCACCGGAAGGUACUGUCCUGUUUUGGGGAUCACCCCUCCGCUCCUUUUGGCGUCCACCAGCUGGUAGAGCUGGGAAAGGAGUCUGGGAAAAGGGCAGGAGACUGGUACGGCCCGUCUGUAGUGGCACACAUGCUAAGAAAAGCUGUGGCGCGAGCUGCUGAGUUUGAGGAUCUUGCUGUGUAUGUGGCGCAGGACUGCACGGUAUAUAAAGAAGAUGUCAUGAGUUUGUGUGAGUCCAGCGGAGCGGGGUGGAAAUCAGUUGUCAUUCUAGUGCCAGUGCGACUCGGCGGAGAGUCACUAAACCCUUCAUACAUUGAGUGUGUCAAGAACAUUCUCAAGUUAAAAUGCUGUGUAGGAAUUAUAGGAGGGAAACCCAAGCAUUCACUGUUUUUUGUCGGCUUUCAAGAUGAGCAGCUGUUAUAUCUGGACCCACACUACUGUCAGCCGGUGGUGGACGUCACUCAAGCCAACUUUCCUCUAGAGUCUUUUCACUGUAACUCUCCGAGGAAGAUGAACUUCAGCCGAAUGGACCCCAGCUGCACCAUUGGCCUCUACGCUCGCACUAAAACAGACUUCGAGUCCUUGUGCACAGUGGUCAGUGAAGCUUUGUCAUCCUCUAAGGAGAAGUAUCCCAUCUUCACGUUUGUGGAGGGCCGAGGGCAGAUCUAUGGCCUGGAGGGUCCGAGCGGAGGGUCUGUGGAUGCUCCUGCACACAUCUUUACCUGCAGCAGAAUGAGCCGCAACAACAAGAGAGGAAGCACAGAUGAGUUUGUGCUGCUCUGAGCUGAUUUUCUUGUUUUUCACACGUAACACUGAGAUUCUGCACUGAAGCGCCUGAAGCUGCUGAUCCUCACGUCUCAAACCUGACACUGAGGCAUCAUGGGAAAAAAAACUAACUGGAUCAUUAAUAAAACCACACAAUCCUCCCCUAAAAUUAAUGCUUUGCAUAAAGAGAAUAUUGCAGAUUUUUAGAAUUAAUUUUUUAUGCUUUGAGUCGUUAUGUGAUUAUGUCGUUAAAGGUACAGUUCGCCCCAAAAGUUACUUUUUGAGUAUAAUCUGGCUAAAAAUAUUAAGAAAUCUCAUCAUUCCUAAUUAUUCUUUCAUUACUUAAGAACAUGCAUUAAUUAUUUCUGAAGUGUUUUUGCGCUGCCAUUAAUUAAUUUUUGCUCAUUUUAAUUUUUUUUAUUUAUUAUGAUUACAGUAUUGUGUGGAAACCCGUUCCCACCACUGAAUUAUAAUAAAAAAAUACAAAUAAAUAAAAAAAUGUAUAAAGUCAAAAUUCUGAGUCAUAAAGUCACAAUUGCAAGUUAUAACGUCAGAAUUUCAAAUAAUAAAGUCGCAAUUGCGAGUUAUAAAGUCAGAAAUCCGAGUUAUAGAGUCAGAAUUAUGAGUGAUAAAGUUGCAAUUCUGUGUAAUAAUCACAAUUCAGAGUUAUAGUCACAAUUCUGAGAUACAAAGUCACAAUUUCGAGUUAUGAAGUCACAAUUCUGAGAUAUAAAGUCAGAAUUCCGAGUUAUAGUCACAAUUCAGAGUAAUAGUCACAAUUCAGUUAUAGUCACUAUUCCGAGUUCUAAAGUCACAAUUCAGAGAUAUAAAGUCAGAAUUACGAGUUCUAAAGUCAGAAUUACGAGUUCUAAAGUCACAAUUCCGAGAUAUAGUCAGAAUUCUGAGAUAUAAAGUCACAAUUCAAAGAUAUAAAGUCAGAAUUACGAGUUCUAAAGUCAGAAUUACGAGUUCUAUAGUCACAAUUCCGAGAUAUAGUCAGAAUUCUGAGAUAUAAAGUCACAAUUCAGAGUUAUAAAGUUGCAAUUCUGAGUUUAUAUCACGCAAUUCUGAGAUAUAAAGUCACAAUUUCGAGUUAGAAAGUAAGAAUUCUGAGACUCUGAUUUCUGACUUUAGCUCUGAAUUGAACUUUAUAUCUCGGAAUUGCGACUUUAUAACUUGUAAUUGUGACUUUAUAACUCUGAAUUGCAACUUUAUUACUCGGAAUUGCAACUUUAUGACUCGAAAUUGCGACUUUAUAACUUGAAAUUGUGACUUAAUAUCUCGAAGUUGUGACUACAACUCGGAAUUGCGACUUUGUAACUUGGAAUUCUGAUUUUAUAACUCAAAAUUGUGACUUCAACUUUGAAUUCUGACUUUAUAACUCGGAAUUCUAGCUCAUUUGAACUUUUUUUUAUUAUUAUUAUUCAGUGGCAGGAACAGGCUUCCAUAGUACUGAGAGUUUUGACAGGAAUAAUAAAGUAAAAAGUGAGGUUAAUAUAAUUUUUGAUUAUUGAUUUGUUAAUUACACCAUGAAUGUUGCAUGGAUUCGGGAACAGAUUCGUUGCUUUCUAAAAUUGUUUUGCGUAAAAAAAUGCAAAUUUUUUGUAAUAUUAGAAUUUUUUUCUGACAUUAUUUUCUUGACAAUUAAGCAAACACUAACACCAGUGUCAGGGAGAAAUUAAAAUAAAAAAAUAGAUCAAUAAAUCACUCUGCAAACUGGCAUAAUUUGCAUUAAAAACAUUAAUAAUAAUAAUAAUAAUAAUAAUAUUUAAUUUUAUUUGAUGUAGAUAAUUUUAUGUGGAAACAGAUGUUUUUUUGCACUGCCUUUAAUUCCUAUUCCUAUUUGUUUUUAAGGAAAACUAAUUCGUUUUGACUAUCGUAUCAGCAUGUUUUUGCAUAAAAUGUGAUUUUUUUUUAAAGAGGAGAUAUGCUUAAUUAUUCAUUUAAAAAAUUAAAAAAUAAUUCUAGAAAUAAGCUUAAUUUUCUUUAUGCUUGGUUGAACCCUACAUUUCUUUUGUAGAGUACACUUUUAAUGUGGCAUUGAGUCAUGGAGGGUUGGUGAUCGUUCUCUAUCACUUCGAUUUUUAUACACACACAUACACACGUCUCAAACACUGAACACAUGAUCCUGCUGUUGCAUUGCUGUCUGUCUGAAGCUAAACGGGUACUCUGUGUUUUACUGUGUGCUCUAUAACAGGAGGAUUGUGAGUAAUGACACUCAUUGUUGCUGUAAGAUAUAUAUGGCUGGUUGCUUCUGUAAAUUGUAAAUCUUGUGUGCUUGAACUGAGUGUUUCGUUUAUUUAAUAGUAUUUUUUGAUGAGGCCAGAGUUUAAUGUUGGAAACUGUCUGUGUAUUUCAUGUCAGAUUUGCUUUUUUGCUUAAACAGGUCAACGAAAGUUUGCUGUUACUGUUUAGUCUUAUUUAAGCUGUUGAUUUUACGUGUUUUUGAUUGUGGUUAUAUUCGAGGAAGCAAAGCUCAACUGCUGUCACUGUGUGAACAAUCACUUUUGAAUCAUUUUAGAUGUUUGAUUGUGUGUUUUUGUUUUGGAUUUUCUCUUAUGGGACCAGAGAAUAAAAGGUGGAUUUUGCCUGUUUGAGUGGACUUUAAUGUGGACUGAAUGGGAAUAUGGAAAUUAUAUUUAAAUAUAUCAGUUGUCAUCACUAUCCAUCUGCACUUAAAAAGACUUGACAUGUUUUUAUACAACAGUGUUGUUGUUUGUGUGUGUGUAAGACAUUAAAAAGGAGAGCUGUU